AUGUGUCUCCUUUCUCAGCAGCACAAAGAGCGCUGUAAUGUAUCUGGCGUUUGGAUGAACUCCCUGGGUUCUAUGCUCACCCUCUCAGUUGAUGAAGGUUCCCAUCUCAGAGGUUUCUUUAAGUCCUCUGUAGAGUCCUCCCCAGGGGCUGCAGGGGAAAACAUGAUUGGGAAAGUGUCAGGAGUCCUGGGAAGUGGUAUGCAACCAACACUUGCAAUGUCAGUCACCUGGAGUGGAGGUAAGUCAUGUAUUUUAGGCUAACUUACUUGACUUGAUUCUUGUAAACAUUCUAAAUAUAUGCUAGAAUGUGUAAAUUCAUAAAUUGAGCAACUCAAAUGGUGUAAACAUGCUUUCUACAUGUGGUACUAAUUUAAAGAAAUACUACAGCACCAGCCCUUUGCACAUUCCUCCUGAUAAUGUGCAUGUUCCUUUUCUGCAGGCUCAGUCAGUACUUGGGCUGGCCAGUGUUUCCAGGGACUGAAGACUCCUGUCAUUAGAACAAUGUGGCUACUGAGGUCACAGGUUGACACAGAAGACAAAAACUGGAUGGCAACUAGGUAAUGUCUUAUGAACUUCUGUCAGACUAAAAGCCUUUUGCAAUUUUAUAACUUCCAGUCUGCAAGUCGCUGCUCUACACCUUCCUCCCAACAGAAGCCACCUUGUCUCUUUGCCUCUGUUUAUAAAUCCAUUGCAUUUGUCUCCUUCAGAUUACAUUCUCUAUACUGCUGUGGCUUCUUUUAAUAGACUUCAUCUUGCUACAAACGGUUUUUGAUUUAUGCAUUGGACAUCCUAAAUACUUCAUAAUGAUUAUUUUUUUUUUUUUUUCUCUUUGCAGGAUUGGAGAAGAUACCUUCCACCCCAAAAGACGUGAACUAAGUCUCUCCUAA